GGCACUGCCAUCUCUGGCACCACACAUUCAUUUGUUAAGCUCGUGAUAAAGCGACUCGGGUUCGGAUUCUAGAGAGAAGGGGAAGAGGAAGGAAAAUGGUGUUCAAAUUCGCCACCUUCGAUCCUGCCCAAGAUCCCGAUGACUUCAACCCAGCUUUUCCGCCUACUCCAUCAUCGUCACCCUCGGCGACACUCUGUCAGCCAUUCGAAUACACUUGCACUUUCACCAGAGCCAUUGUCAGCCGACUUGCUGCCGCCGGUGCUUCUAUCGUUUUAAAAGCCCCAGCUGUUAAAGUCGAUGGUCGUGAGAUUCGAGACCGAUCCGCAGAGACCCCAUUUUAUAGCAUCAAUUUCGAUGUCCAUCCUGAAUUUCUCCAAAGACAGCUCAAAGAGUUUACUCUGAAGGAGUUGCAGGUGGCUACCCAAAAUUUCAGCAUCAAGAAACUUAUAGCCAGGGGUGGAUUUGGCAAUGUCUAUGAGGGUCAGUUAGCUGAUGGCUCUCUAGUAGCGAUCAAAAGAUUGCACAGAGGCUGCAACCAUGGUAUCUCAGAGAUCGAAAGAGAAGUAAUGAUUGGCAGCAUCAUACCCCAAGGUCAGCACCUGCUGCCCUUGCUCGGAUUUUGCAGAACAUCACAAGGCGCGGACUUUUUGCUAGUGUCCCCCUUGAUGAUCAAUAAUAGUGUGUCAUGCUGCUUGAGAGAGCGGCGAGAGACACGAGUCACACGACCCCUGCUGGACUGGCUUACCCGCAGAAAAAUAGCCCUGGGAGCUGCGAGAGGGCUGUCCCGUCUGCAUGAUCUGAACAUUGUGCACUUAGAUAUCAAACCUGCAAACAUUCUGUUGGAUGAGGAAUUUGAGCCUCACAUUGCAGACUUCGGGUUGGCAAGGUUCAUCAAUCGCAGGCGCGGGCACGGUGUAUACUUGGUGGAUGGCACCGAGGAUGCACCCGUGCUUCCGAGGAACGAACUCGAAUCAAGAUCCCAAAAUGAAGAUUCUUAUUCCUGGUCGAGCAUACGCGGCACAAUUGGAUAUAUGGCGCCAGAGUAUGUGCGUGCGAAAUACUCAGUGAAGAACGACAUCUUCGCCUUUGGGAUAACACUUCUGGAACUCAUGACCGGACAAAGACCUUAUAAACCCAUAACGCUUGCAAAUGACCGGUACGUGACCUUAGUCGACUGGGCAAAAGCGCAUCUGGUGGAGGGUAGUUGGGAAAUUAUCGUCGAUCCCGAUCUGCAGGGUGAGUAUGAGCCGGAGGAGACAGAGAAAACGAUUCAGCUGGCUCUUUUGUGCACGCAAACAGACCCGAGAAGACGACCGUCCAUGUGGCAAGUGGCCCGAAUACUCGAAGGAUACAGCAUCGAAGAUAGAUGGGAGGAGUAUCGUCGCUCGGAGGAGUAUCUGAUUCCCUCAAUGCAAACCACGACCCCUUACUCGGAGGAGUGUCUGAUUCCCUCAAUGCAACCCUCAAUACCUUGCUGGAGUCUACCCAGUCCUGAAGAAUUGUCCGCACCCAGAUAA